GAGAAGCCGUAUUCUUGUUCUGAGUGCGGGAGACGUUUUUCAGAGAAGUCUGCUCUUACCAAACACGGACGAGUCCACACGGGGGAGAAGCCAUUUUUGUGUUCUGAAUGUGGGAUGAGUUUUGCUCGAAAAAGGAGUCUAGUCAAACACACGGGUCUUCACGAAGGUGGACCUAAUAAACGAAACCCACCAGAGAGACAUCCACUGAGUUCUGGGAGGUCCACACAGGAAGUUCACCAGAUCCCUCAAGGUCAUCAGGGUAAAAAAAAAUAGGACUGUUGUUAAAAUGGAAAUGAAAGAGGAAGCAGAAGAGCCGUAUGUGAGGGGAGAUGAGCGGUUUAAGGAGGAGGAAAUCCCUCCAGACAUCAGCACAGAGGGAAGACACAGCAGUACUAACCAAGAGAAUCCUACCGUGAUCCCUCCAAAU